UUUGCAAAAUCACGACGUGCCUGCAAAAAAUAGUUCUGUACGUCAACAAUCAAGAUUUCCUCUCGUGUACGUUAUCGCAUUUUAAUAGUGCAUAAUUGUUUGGUGUGCACAACUUUAUUGUUAUUUUAACAAUUCGUUUCGAAAGUGAGGUAUAUUUUUAGAAUAAUUUUAAUCGUUAAUUUUGGGGCGCCAUUUUGUGUAUGCCGGUGGAUUUUCCCCGUAGUUGUCAAAAAUUUAAGUUAUAAAUAAUAUUUUCUGGCUUAAAGGUUUCCCAAUAGCCUUUGUAGCUGACUGUUCAUAAGUUUUCCGUGAUCUUUUGGUCACACAUAUACAGUUUUCUCGACAAUGUUCUUAUAGAAUUAAAAUAAAUAAUGACUAUUGCAACAAGAGGUCAGGGAGUAACCGGAGAAAAUUUGGAUGUACAAGGUCCUGUUGCUGGACCAUCAGAAGCCAGCACUGAUGAACUACCAGAUGAAAAUGCAGAACCUGAUUUUCCCCAUGAUAAAUUAGCAUCUUUAGAUGAAAAAAUAUCAAAUAUAAGAUGGGUAGUGCCAGUAUUACCUGAUCAGGAAUUAGAAUGUCUGCUGAAAGUUUCUAUUGAUUUAGCCAGAAAAAAUUUGGAUACAAGAUCAGAAGCUUGUCAGAGGUUCUUUCGUGAAGGGCUUACUACAUCAUUUACAAAAAUCCUCACAGAUGAUGCUGUGUCUAGUUGGAAAGCAAACAUCCAUGCAUGUAUUAACAAUAACUGUUUGAAGUUGGUAGAACUAUGUGUAGCAAAAUUGCCGCAUGAUUGGUUUCCACUGUUGGAUUUAUUGGCUAUGGUGUUAAACCCAAACAACAAAUUUCACACAUUUAAUUCUUCAAGGCAAAGUGAAACAGCAGGAACAGGUUCCAAUUUAUCCGAAGAAGAGUUAUUUGCUAGACCUUCAAAUGAUUUAAGAAAUCCACGGGGAUGGCUAGUUGAUCUCAUCAAUCGAUUUGGGGAAUUGGGGGGGUUCCAAUUAUUAUUAGAUAGGUUCCAAAGUGGUAAAAAUUUAAGUGUUUCUGUAGUAUUUGCACUCCUUCGACCAUUCGGACUUUGUUAUGAAUUUUUAACUCCUCAUACAAUCAACAAGUAUAUAUUACCCAUUUUAGAAAUGGUUCCUGGCAUAUUAGAAAAGUUAACAGAUGAUGAAUUAAAACGAGAAGCGAAAAAUGAAAGCAAAAGCGAUAUAGUUUCGGCUAUAAUAAAAUCGUCAAAAAAUUUGGCCUCUCGGGUUCCCAAUCAAGAAGAGUUAAUUCGGACUCUUGAAGGUUUUCGCCUCACAAUGAUUUUGAGACAGUUACAAAUUUCCAGUUUUAAUGGAAAGAUGAAUGCUUUAAAUGAGAUAAACAAAGUUAUUUCUAGUGUUAGUUAUUAUCCAAAUAGACACCAUGGAAUUGAAGAAGAGGAAUACUUAACCCCCGAAAGAAUGGCUAAAUGGAUAAAUGAAAACCGAGUUCUAGAAAUAGUUUUAAGAGAUUCGCUUCACCAACCUCAGUACGUGGAGAAAUUAGAAAAAAUAUUACGUUUCGUAAUUAAAGAAAGAGCGUUGAGUCUUAAAGACUUGGAUGCCGUUUGGGCAGCUCAGGCUGGAAAACAUGAAGCAAUAGUAAAAAAUGUUCACGAUCUAUUGGCAAAAUUGGCUUGGGAUUUCAGCGCAGAUCAACUUGACCACUUGUUUGAAUGCUUUCAGAACAGUUGGACAUCUGCCUCGAAGCGCCAGAGGGAGCGACUUUUGGAACUAAUUCGGCGACUAGCUGAAGAUGAUAAAGACGGCGUGAUGGCUCAUAAAGUAUUGACAUUGUUCUGGAAUCUGGCACAUGCUGAAGACGUUCCAACUGAAAUAAUGGAUCAGGCUCUGUCUGCGCAUGUUAAAAUAUUAGAUUAUAGUUGUUCUCAGGAAAGAGAUGCGCAGAAAACCGUGUGGCUAGAUAAGUGUGUUGAUGAAUUAAAGAAUGGUGAAAUGUGGGUGUUGCCUGCUUUGAAACAGAUCCGUGAAAUCUGUCUAUUAUAUGAACAAAAUACAAAUGGUGGUCACGGUCAAAGGACUCAUCAUAUGUAUUAUCGACAGGAAGUUAUUGAAAGAUUGCAAAGUCAACAUUCGCUCGUUAUUUUAGUUACAAAUAGUCUUACCAGUUAUAUGGAUCAUCUACGUAACCUUUAUAAGGAAGCACCUGAAUUAACUAGUGAGACUUAUAUUCCUGAUGGACGAUACUGCCACGCCCUGCAAGUUCAAGAAAGACUGAAUUUUCUCAGAUUUCUUCUAAAAGAUGGACAAUUAUGGCUGUGCAAAGAACAAGCAAAACAAAUUUGGCAAUGUCUCGCAGAAAGUGCAGUUUUUCAGUCCGAUCGAGAGGCUUGUUUUAAGUGGUUUUCGAAGUUGAUGGGGGAGGAACCCGACUUGGAUCCGGGUAUUAACAAAGAAUUUUUUGAGAAUAACAUACUUACGCUUGAUCCACUUUUACUUACCGAGAGUGGUAUAAAAUGUUUCGAACGUUUUUUCAAAGCUGUUAACACAAAGGCUGAGAAACUUAAAGUGAAACGGCGUUCUUUACUUACCGAAGACCCAGACCUCAUAGGUCUAGAUUACCUGUGGAAAGUUGUAACUUUGUGUCCGGACGACAUCGCUGAAAGGGCUAUCGAGUUAUUAAGAGAAGUUAGCACGAAUUUGGGUCCUAGAUUGCAGCAGUCGCAAAUGGAAUUCCAUGAAAAUUUUAUCACAGAAUGUCACGAUAGAUUACGUGCUCACUAUGAUACUGUCAUUGUCUUGCAACGGUCAGAAAAUGACAAAGAUUUUAAUAAGAAUCAAAUGCAAAAUAGAAUUCGAGCAGAGGCUGUGAAAAUGUGUAGAGUGAUGCGUGUUUUACACGAGUAUAUAAGUGAAUGUGAUAUUGCUUUUAUGGGAGAGCGGAAAAUAUUACCUUUGUAUAGAGCGUGUAGAGGCAAACAUUUGGCUUUCAUAGUCAGAUUUUCGAGUCCCAGUCGACAAGUGGAAGACAUGGAGCUGUUUACACAUUCUAACGACACUUUGGCGUCUUUGCGGAGGCAUAUUUUGAGACGAAUUAAACCAGGCGUCCAUUGUAAAUUGGAACUUUUUAUAAAUGGCGAGCCUUUGGAUCCAGCAGACGAUAGAAAACUGUUGUCGCAAAUGCCAAUAAGGGAUAAAAUGCUUAUUUCGGCCAAAGUAUUACAAGUAAAUUCAAACAUGGCAUCAUCACAAGACAGUAGUUCAGAUAGUUCCACUUCGUCUCCUCAGCAUCCAUACGACGGACCUAAUAUAGAAGCAGAAAAUUUACUACCUGGAGUUCUAAUGUCGACGCAACAUGUCUAUGCUCAGUUUUUCUGUCAAUUGUCUGCUCUCGGAAGUAUUUUAGAGUAUUCGCCGCUGAGAGAUAGCGGUUACGGACUUUUACAAUUAAUGCCCUGUGAUACUGAAACAACGGAAAAGUUGAGAAUCUUGUUCACGUCUCCUGGGGAACAAAAUAUUAGUAUGGAUAAUAUGUUCUUCAGCGCUACUCCCGCAGAAGUAUUAUACAAUUUGGAGGUCUUGUACGCUAUGUUAAUGCCAGCAAUCGAGCCGUUGUCAGAAAAAACUUAUGAAUUUCAAUACAGCUUUAUGACUUCAGGUGAAGCGCACGUAUUCUUAGAAAUGUUAACGAAAAACAACUUCAUGUCAAGUGCCGACAAUGUUACCCGUAGAUCAGCGUAUUUAGUAGUUUUAAAGAUUUGUAAACUUAUUUUAACUUCUGUUGCACACGUACUUGUUAGAUUGAGCGAAGAUCAUACGCCACCAGAAACAGAACCAAACAGUGAGAACAUCACAACACCUGGAAUGCAUCUCAGACUGGCUUUAAGAACCGUUCCUGGGCAUGCUGAUCACAUAUUGCGUCAGGUGUCGCUGAAAUUAUCUCAGGGUCUCUCGCAGUUGAUGGUUGCUGAGACGGGAAGUACAGGCCAGGCUCAAGCCCUUUUCAGUCAGGCCUUAAACUGGGAACUUCCGGACCUAAAUACCACACUGGCGUUAUUAAGGCUGGUAUGGGCAGCAAGCAGUGAUAAUUUAAACGCACUGAAUGCCUCUCCUGAAGUCCUGCAUUCCCUUGCCGAUCCAAAGAAACGUAACGUACCUCUAGAAUUACACACCAACGAAAUACUUCUGUGUAAAGAAGCUCUUGAACUGCUCAGCAUUGCUCUAGUCUUGAACUCUAGUAGUCUAGAACAUCUUUAUCAUGAUAAAAGGUGGCCUUACUUUAUAACGGAUUUAGUUUUGUUAAAUCCCAGCUGUGCCGUUCGAAUCGCCGCAGCAGAACAGCUGAUAAUUAUAUGUACGUGUGGUGCAUCGAGUCGUUUGGCUCUUCAGUUGAUUACGCCUUUGUUGUUUUCGUUGUUGGACACAUUAGUGUUGGAAAACGCAAAUACGUCGCACGAACUUUUCCAGUUGUUGAGUCAGUUAGUGAACGUUGCUUAUUUGACGGGUUGUCCUUUACCGAAUGCAGACGCUUUAUUAACCAAAGAAGUUGCUUGGUUGCGAAAAGCAAGAGACAAAAACGAAGUUUUGAUUGAAGGACAUUUAAGUUUAACAAAAGAGUUACUUCAUUUUCUCACUCCAGAACAAAAGUGUGAACUGGGAAGUGCCGAUACAGGAAGUUUCAUUAAAGAGCUGCUCGAGGAUUUUCUUUUUCCUGCCAGCAAAUUAAUGUUGCAGUUGAACAAGACGGGACAAUUGGGUGAAGAUCCGGCGAUACCCAUAUGCGAUACUCCACAGACACAAGCUGCAGCUUUCAAUCUUCUCAUCUCGCUGUGUUUGAAUUGUGUUCAAAACUUCAAGCAGUUGGUCAACAUGCUAACAGAAAUGUUUUAUUCAGACCCUGAAACAGCAAUAAUAGAAUGGGAUUAUUUGCCCGCGAUCGGGCCUCGUCCAGUCCAAGGUUUUGUGGGCUUGAAGAAUGCCGGUGCUACGUGUUACAUGAAUUCAGUGUUGCAACAGUUGUACAUGGUCGAGAGUAUCCGAGAAGGCAUUUUGGCAGCUGAAGGUGCCGCCACCGAUCCGAACGAAGAUUUCACCGGCGAGGAGCGUUUGGAAUUGGACGCCGACUGUACCGACGACCGCAACUGUUACGAUGAUAAUCGAAAAGACUACAACGUUGGUAUUCUCAAGCAGGUACAAGCUAUAUUCGGUCACUUGGCCUGUUCACGCCUUCAAUAUUAUGUGCCUAGGGGACUUUGGAGACAUUUUAAACUUCAAGGUGAGCCAGUUAAUCUGCGGGAACAACAGGAUGCUGUAGAAUUUUUCAUGUCGCUUAUAGAAAGUCUAGAUGAAGCAUUAAAAACGCUAGGUCACGAACAAAUUAUGUCCAAAAUCUUGGGCGGCUCCUACUCAGAUCAAAAAAUUUGUAAGGGUUGCCCGCAUCGCUAUUCAAAAGAGGAACCUUUCAGUGUUAUUAGUGUAGAUAUUCGAAAUCACAGCAGCCUGCAAGAUUCGAUGGAGCAGUACGUCAAAGGUGAAUUAUUGGAAGGUGCCGACGCCUAUUAUUGUGAGAAGUGCGCGAAAAAAGUAGUUACUGUUAAACGCUUGUGUGUUAAAAAAUUACCUCCGAUAUUAGGAAUCCAGUUGAAGAGAUUUGAAUAUGACUUUGAAAGAGUUUGUGCCAUCAAGUUUAAUGACUAUUUUGAGUUUCCUAGAGAUCUAGAUAUGGAACCGUACACAGUUUCGGGGUUGGCUAAAAUCGAAGGGGAAAUAAUAGACUGUGAUUUAGAUCCUAAUGCAGUCGAUACGUGCACUAAGUAUCGCCUGUCUGGUAUAGUUGUACACUCAGGCCAAGCCUCAGGUGGUCAUUAUUACUCAUACAUUAGGCAUCGUGAUCCUUCUGGUGAAGUGAGGUGGUACAAAUUCGACGAUGGUGACGUCUCCGAGUGUCGUAUGAGCGAGGAUGACGAAAUGAAAGUGCAAUGUUUUGGUGGUGAUUAUAUGGGUGAAGUGUUUGACCCUAUGUUGAAAAGAACAACUUAUAGAAGACAAAAAAGGUGGUGGAAUGCAUAUAUGCUUUUCUAUACGCGACACGACGUAGAAGAAAAUGAUUUGUCAAAAGCUAUGAAUGAAUUAAAAAUCAGUAAUGCAAACGCGAAUUCUCUAGAGAAUACUAUGUUGGUUGUUGAUUUUGUAGCUGAUAGAAAGGAAACACAUUUAAAAAUGCCCGUUGCGAUAGAAAAUAGCAUACGAAAGCAAAACAUUAAAUUUCUUCAUCAUAGGAGUCAAUUUUCUGUAGAAUAUUUUUCGUUUAUAAGAAAAUUAGCCACUAGUUGUGCGCAGCCAAAUCCUCGUCCAGGUCAAUCUAACGACAUGAUCGAACAACAGACUCUUCUUAGCGUUCAACUAGUCAGUAAUUUUCUCUUUCAUACUGGGUGGCAUACGAAGAAAAAUCUACGAGGUCUCGCUAUGGAGUGGUGUGAUGUACUAUGUAUGCACUUGCGAUAUUCGCCAGCAAUUCGUUCGUGGUUUGCCCACAACAUGUUAUUCAACCACAUGCAUAGAUUUUGCGAUUAUUUAUUAAGCUGUCCUAGUAACGAAGUUAGGUCUGCUUUUAUAAAAAUAAUCGUCUUACUAGCACACUUCUCGAUCAACGACGGGCCUUGUCCUUGCCCACCCGGAUUAAAUAAUCCAGAUCCUAACGCUUCUUUAAGCGAUCACGUAUUGUGGGCCCUUUUGGGACUGCUUCAAAGAGAAGUCAGCGAACAUGGACGCCACUUGCCGCAUUAUUGUACGGUUUUCCAUAUGUAUGCCAGCCAAGGUUUACAAGAAAAAGCUCAGCUGCUGAAGAUGGGUGUUCCAGCCACAUUUAUGUUGGUCGCUUUGGACGAAGGUCCAGGACCCGCAAUAAAAUACCAAUAUACGGAAUUAGGGAAAUUAAAUCAAUUAGUCUCAUGUCUAAUACGUUGCUGUGAUGUUAGCUCCAAAUGCCAGUCAAGUACUGGCGGUCCUGUUUUACCUAACCCGUACGUGGAUCCCUCGUGUCCAGAUUAUAUCAUGCCGAUAUCACCCCAGGCUGCAGAUAUUCUCUACAAUCGUUCUAGCUACAUCAAAAAAGUAAUUGAAGACACCAAUUUAACCGACGAUGCCAUCAAAUUACUUCAGUUUUGUUCCUGGGAGAACCCUCAUUUCUCACGAACAGUUUUGUCGGAACUCCUGUGGCAAAUAGCUUUUGCAUACUGUCAAGAGCUUCGUCACCACAUCGAGAUACUUUUAUCCGUGUUGUUGAUUGAAGACUCGUGGCAGACUCACCGUAUUCAUAACGCGAUCAAAGGUGUUCCUGACGAACGAGAGGGUCUUUUAGAGACGAUAGUACGUGCCAAGAAUCAUUAUCAAAAGAGGGCUUAUCAGUGUAUAAAAUGUAUGGUGGCCCUGUUCAGCAAAUGUCAGGCCGCUAGGCUGAUGUUGAAUAGUCAGGCGGAUCUACGGAGGACAUGGACGGCCUCAGUUGCGUGGCUACAAGACGAACUGGAGAGGAAGUACCCGGCCAGUACUCAGUACGCGUAUAGUACUUGGUCUCCGCCAGCUCAGAGUAACGAGAGCUCGAACGGGUACUUCUUAGAGAGAUCAAAUAGUGCCAGAAAGACUCUAGAGAGGGCGCUAGAGUUGAUGCCCGAUCUGGAAAGGGAAGAAGAAGACGUGAGCGAAGAACAGGAAUCUCAGGAAGAAGUAGUUGAGUCAACGCAAAACGAAGAAAACAAGCCUGAUCUACCCGACAUAACACAAAGUUGCGAACACACUCCUAACACGUAUUAGGUAAUGUCUUAUAAGGCUACACUUCACUUAGUACUAUGCACGGUACAAAAUUCACCGCGUUAUACUUUCUCAAUAUUUGGAUUGCCUUUUUAAUGUAUUUCAUUGUGUAAGCCGUAACAUUUUGCAUAGCUUUGUGAACUUUGUACCAUGCUGCUUCAAGAGCCACAUGUAUAUUUGUCUAUUUAUUUAAAAGUGGGACAUGUGAUAUGUAUGUAUAUAAACUUGACCUGACGCAUUUUCGAAUUUUUAUAUUGACCGGAAUGCAUUUCUGCUUACGUUCCUUUUUCGCAAGCAGUCCCCUUUUUUAUUAUCAACUGAAGAAAUACAUGAAGCUGCUCGAAAAAUUUAAAUACUGUUACUGACCUCAUUUCUUCUCGGUUUUGUCAGCAGUUAUUCAGUUCGUGACUGCUUAAUUACAAACUCCAUUUGUUAAUUUUAAGUAUGGUACAGUAAUGAUGUUCAUAUGAUUCGAGUGCUUUUGACUAGUUAGUAAACAGUUUGUCUCUAACAUAAAUUCAAUGUAAAUACCACUAGCAAAAUGAAGUUUUGUGCUUUUAUUAUGGUGAAUAAUAAUAUAACCA